UGGGGGCAGGGGCACCUGUGUGGUCGUAGCGCUGGCCUCGGUGGCAAUUAUGGUCUGGCUCCACUAUGCAAAAGUUUUAGAGAGAUCAUUUUCAGUGCACAAAUCUCAUUCUAUAAAGGAUAUGGAGAAUAUAUUUCAGUUGGUGAGAAAUGUUAUUCCUCCUUUAACUGCCAAAAAACAUAAAGGCCAAGAUGGACGAAUAGGGAUUGUUGGAGGAUGCCAAGAGUACACAGGGGCACCAUAUUUUGCUGCAAUUUCAGCUCUCAAAGUGGGUGCAGACCUGUCCCACGUGUUUUGUACCAAAGAUGCCGCAACUGUAAUAAAGUCUUACAGCCCAGAACUAAUUGUUCAUCCAGUUCUUGACAGCCCUGAUGCCGUUCACGAGGUAGAAAAGUGGUUACCACGACUACACUCAGUUGUCAUAGGGCCUGGAUUAGGGAGGGAUGACAUACUGCUUGAGAAUGCCAAGGGUAUUAUAGAAAAGUCCAAGGUCAAAGGAAUCCCCAUUGUAAUUGAUGCUGAUGGUUUAUGGCUUAUUGCCCAGCAGCCUUCUCUUAUUCAGGGUUACCCUAGAGCUAUUCUUACUCCAAAUGCUAUGGAAUUUAGCAGACUAUAUGAAGCUGUGCUUAGAGACCCUGUAGAUAGUAAUGAUCAUCAUGGGUGUGUGCUAAGACUCAGCCAAGCUUUGGGGAAUUUGACAGUUGUUCAGAAAGGAGAACGAGAUCUUAUUUCAGAUGGAGAAAAAGUGCUUGUAUGUAGCCAUGAAGGAAGCAGCAGAAGGUGUGGUGGACAAGGGGAUCUCCUCUCAGGGUCUCUUGGAGUCCUAGCACACUGGGCCUUCCUUGCUGGACCAGAAAAAACAAAUGGUCAAAAUCCUUUUCUAGUGGCUGCAUUUGGAGCAUGUUCGCUUACAAGGCAGUGCAACAACCAAGCCUUCCAGAAAUUUGGACGGUCUAUGACAGCCUCUGACAUGGUUUUAGAAAUUGGAGCAGCCUUUAAUAAACUCUUUGAAACCUAAGACCAAAGCAACAGAGGAGGAAGGAACACACAAUGUUG